AUGGAGUCUGAGUGGUCCCGUGGUGGCUCUUCUUCUGAUGGCUUCGAUUUCAAUGACCCGCCUGAUUCAGUCGUCAGUGCCACUACCAUCUCAGUUUGCAAGAAGAAACCACGCCAAAAUGGUGAUGAAACUGCAAACCAUUAUGAUUCAAACUGGACCAUGGAUUGUUCUACAGUCAGACUUAAAACACUGCAUAUCAGUUCUCAUAUCCUACCUUUUGUCUAUAAGCUUUCCUCAUAUGGGAUGAGUGAGUCAGAGCACACACAUGUUAGGAUUAAGCUAUCUGGUAAUACCUUGAAUAUUACUGCAGCGCCAGCAUUGCUAGAUGUGCUUAUGGCUGCAGACAAAUUUGAAGUCUCUUCAUGCAUGAAUUAUUGUCGCCAGUUAUUGCGAAAUUCAGUACCCAUGACACUUGACUCUGCAUUGCUUUACCUGGAGCAUCUUCCUCAUACCGAUAAAGUCCAAUCACUGAUUGAUGCUACAAAGCUUUAUCUUGUUGACCGAUACAAGGAUAUAACCAAGUUCCAGGAAGAGGUUAUGACCUUGCCUCUUUCGGGAAUAGAGGCAAUUUUGGCUAGUGACGAUCUCCAGGUUGAAUCAGAAAAUCGUGUAUAUGACAUUGUAUUAAUGUGGGUUAGAAAACAUUACAACGAACUGAAAGAAAGGCAAGAAGUUUUGGGUACACGGCUUGCGCGAUUAAUUCGCUUCCCUUAUAUGACAUGUCAAAAGCUUGAGACGGUCUUAGCUUGUGAUGACUUUGCACAUAACGAUGCUUUUGAGCUUGUACUUGAAGCCUUACUUUUGAAAGCAGAGGCUCAACAAUCCCUCACAACAUUUGCUUUGAAUUGUCGUUUUGUGAAGAGGGCAUACAAGGAUCUCUAUGUUAAGGUGGUAGAAUUUGAACUUCCCCGACAACAAUGUGUGGUAUACUUGGAUUUGAAGCGAAAAGAGUGUGCCACUUUGUUUCCAUUUAGCCCUAUGAAGACUCAAACAUUCUAUUUGGGCGGGCAAAGGUUUUUUAUAGUAGCAGCAUGCGGCAGAAAUAUCAAGCGCAAUUUCCCUUGUUUUAAACUUGCUGUGGCAAUGAUGAAAAACUAUUCGGGAAGUUUUGUUGUGGACUGUGAAUUUGCUGUAAGGUCUGGGCGAAGAAAAGAGUUUGUUGUUAAGAAGUCCAAAAUGCAUUGUACAUUCACUGGGGGGACGAUUGUUGUCUUUAACUUGUUUAAGGUUUCAUGGACUGAAUUCAUUGCUGAGAAUAGUCCUUUUUUCGUUAACGAUGUUCUCCACCUCAAAGCCGAACUCACUAUCAGACCUUAA